AUGCCCGAAACACCGAAAAAUCAUGGAGAAGCUCCCAGUCCCUUAAUCAAUGACGGCGACAACGGCCUUCCCACUGCUGCGGCGACCAGAGCACUAUCCACUCCAGAAAUCCUCUCCAAGAUUCUUCAUAACCUCGACUUCCCCGACCUUCUCACCAACUGCCUGCGCAUAAACCAUUACUGA